UUUGGCUGCAAACUAUAAACACUUAUUGCAAUGAUGGAAUAACACAAAAGGAUCCGAAUCACACAACAGUAAUCAAAGACUCCAGGGCGAAUGUCAAUUUUCAACCGGUAAUUCUUGUUGCCACCCAUAAAGACAAGCUGGGCACAAUUUUGCACACAUCGGAUACAUUUUACAGUCACCUAGAAGCGAGUUUAUCUAACGAACAAGCGUUGAAAAGGAUCCUAUCGCCAUUCCGAUAUUUUGAAGUAGAAUGUCCACCAAAAGAAUUGACUUGUAAUCAGCAAAGCUCAAUUAACUUUGUUAAGAAAUGUAUUGUGGAAACUGUACAACAGCUGCCACAGUGGGGAGAAAAGAUCCCUUUAAAAUGGUUUGAAUUGGAGAGAAUUCUUAAUCAGAAGAAAUCAAAUGGACAUAGAGUUUUAAAGAGGAAUGAAUUGAAAGAAACAGUAAAAACUUUUUCUAUGGACGAAAAUGACUUAAAUGAUGUUCUCCAUUUUUUACACGAAAUAGGAAAAAUUAUUUAUAUUUCUGUGGAUAAGCUCAAGGAAACUAUUAUCAUAGAUGUUCAGUGGUUUGUCGAUGCAUUCAAGUAUAUCAUAACUGACGAAAAGCAUUUUGCUAGGAUAGACAACAAGAACCAACUCGUCAAUACCGGGAAAAUUACUGGCCGGUACAUUGAAGAGAUAUGGAAACGUACCGUAGACAAUCAUGUACAUUGUUUUGAUAAGAAAGUUACUAUUAAAACCGAUAAACAUCAUGAUUCCUUAUGGCAAUCUUACUUAAAUCAUAAAGAUGAAAUUCUACAGUACAUGGACAAACUUGGCCUGAUGACAAGAAUAGAAGGACAUAUAGGCACUGACGAUGAGGAGGAGAUGUAUUACAUUCCAAGCAUGAACCGAACCGACCUUUCUGAUGACAGUAAAGAUGAAAUCAAAGGACAACAAAAAUCAGCUAUGAUGGUGUACUUUUUUAAGUCCUAUCUGCCCCAUUUUUUCUUUUUUCGAUUGGUGGUAAGUUGUUUAAAGAAAUGGAAAGUUUGCGAUGAAAAUUCUUUUUUUAAAAACGCUGCACUUUACAAGGCAGAAGAAGCUUGUCAUUAUUUUGCCAUUGCCGUCAGCAAAACAUCCAUACAGUUACAAAUUUUUACGCGUGAUGAAACCGUAAAACUGGAUGAUAAAUGUGUUAAGAAAAUCAGACAAACCGUGGAAGAUUUUAUAAAGGAAUUAACAGAAACAUUUCACAAGGGAAUUAUUUAUGAUAUUGGUUUUUCAUGUAGCGAUAUAAAAAUUACAGAUGAAGAUGAAGAAUUCUUUUUGAAAGGGACAGACAUUAAACGAGAAAUUGAAAAUUCGAAUGAACUAACUUGUCCGAAACAUUUUCGUGGUGAUUACAUACACAAAAUCGAUACAUGUAAGAUACGUAUGUGUUUGUUGGAGAGAAAGUCCACUCUAAUUUCAAGUGACAAUUAGAAAGUUUUCUUCCGACCUGCAAAACCUUUAUCGUUUUUUGAAAAAAAAAAUUGUGCUUU